AUGGCGACCCAGAACCAAGACCGCCUCCAAAGCCACUUCUCCUCCCUCGACGCAACGCCUGCCGCCCAGGGCAGCGGCUGGGACUCGUUGUGGGAAGCGUCCACUUUCCUGCCCUGGGAUAGAGGCUAUGCAAACCCCGCACUCAUUGAUCUGCUCUCCAGCCCGUCGUCCCCGGCAACGUCCAGCGAUCACAACCCAACACCUGGCGCACCGGCAGCUGGCUCCAAACCGUCGCCCGUUGAACUGCCCUCUCCAGUCUCAAAAGAUGGAAAGCGAGCAAAGGUCUUAGUGCCAGGAUGUGGCAAGGGCUACGACGUGGCGCUGUUCAGUGCGUAUGGGUAUGAUGCGUAUGGUUUGGAGGUGAGUGCGCACGCAGCCAAGGCGGCCGAGCAAUACCUUGCAAAUGCCGGGCCGGGGUCGUUGGAGAACGAGUACAGCGACAAAGAUGCGGGGCAAGGCAAAGGGCAGGCAGUUUGCUUGGUUGGGGAUUUCUUCGACGAUGCCUGGUUGAAGGAGGCUGGCGUCGAUGGACAAGGAGGGUUUGAUGUGAUUUAUGAUAACACGUUCCUGUGCGCCCUCCCGCCUUCCCUGCGCCCCUCGUGGGCUAAGCGCAUUUCCUCUCUCCUCUCCAAAAACGGAUCACUCAUCUGUCUCGAGUUCCCCACACACAAGCCCGCUUCCUCAGGAGGGCCGCCAUGGUCUCUCCCACCAACCGUGCACGCAGAAUUGCUCAAGCAGCCCGGCGAGGGGAUAUCGUAUGACGAGGGCGGUGUCGUCGUAGCGUCUGAACGGCAAGAAGGCCCUGGUGCGCUGAGACGCGUAGCCCACUACACACCACGUCGCACACACGAUGCCGGUGUGAUCAAGGGCGUGGUACGGGAUUCUGUGAGCGUUUGGCGGCAUGUGUAG